GUCCGAUACUGCGAUAAUCCCAUAGUCGCUUGUUGAUGUCAGCACCAAGUCGUUUACAUACAUGUUCUCGUCUACUCUGCACAACACCUUUCGCCUGGCCGUACCUUGGAAACGUACAUUUAUUCCUAAACUCAGUAACUCGCACGACUGUAGAUCAUAUUCACUAUACAGUCGGCACAAUAUGAGCUUCACCACACACCGAGAUGGAAAAGGCACCAUCACGGUAGCCCCAAAAAAGGCAACCGACCAGAGUGCAUUAAUUGUGAUUACGCAUGGGCUGGGAGAUAGCUCUGAGGGGUUUGUCGAUGUCGCUGAGCAUUUAGCGAAGCUGUUGCCGUAUGCCAAAUUCGUUCUGCCCACAGCCCCAACACAGCCUGUGACACUCAACAUGGGCAUGCGCAUGGCAUCGUGGUACGACAUUGUCGGAUUAGACGAACGGUCGAACGAGGACUGCAAAGGUAUCGUGGAAUCGCGACGCACCAUCGAAGACAUUCUUCAGACAGAGCAUGAGACGAAAGGCCUGCCAUACAGCCGCAUGAUACUGGCGGGAUUCUCGCAGGGGGGAGCCCUGUCACUGUUCACGGGACUGCAGCAGCCUAUAGAGAAGAAGCUUGCUGGGGUUGUGUGCAUGUCUGCGUACUUGCCGAGUGCCAAGAACUUCCAUGUCACACCCGGACUAGAAGACACGCCUGUGCUGCACUGCCACGGCUUGGCGGAUCCCAUGGUGCAGUAUACCAUGGCCGAGAAGACGAAGCAGGAGCUGCUGCAAAGGGGCCUCACAAAGUAUGAGCUGAAGGGGUACCGCGAUCUACAACACUCGGUGAACAUAGACGAGAUUGGCGACGUCACGCGGUUUAUUAUGAGUAUACUACCGCCUGAUGAGUCAUGUAACAUCAAACUGAAAGACCCCAGUGACAUGUCUGUGAAGGAGCUCAAGGCUGCUGUGAAAGAGGCGGGUUUAGGUGAUAGGGCGAAGGGGUUGGUGGAGAAGAGUGAGUUUGUUAAGUUAGUACAAGUCCACCGGGAUGGGAAAGUGUAAUGUGCAUUAAAAGGAUAAACGUACAUCUGCAUGUAGGUUGCGCCGGCACUAUAGGAUUACAAUACGCUUCUUCACUGAGUGCAAUGGUACACUUAAAAAUCAGUAUGCGUUUAUGGCUACAAGACACACUUGGCCCGUUUAUUCACUGUACUUCAUGGAGACUGUAGUAGCCAGGGACAAGAACCCCCCGUCCGUGUGGCUUGCGUUAGUACCAAUCUUAGUAUCGAAAAGCGCUUGGUAAUGUGGUUCUUGAACUCACAAAAGAAAGAACCGCCGCGAACGUACACAGGAUCUAGCAGCAUAUCACCGCCAUCAUUCUGACCCAUUCAGUGACAGUCAAUACCAGUGGUCUGAGCGCAAACAGUGUCUUGUCAUCUACGACAUUGUUCGUGGAAUUCAUAUGACAGUUGCGAUGACAUAAAUAUAUGC